UUUAGCAACAUACUGCUCAGCUGAAGGGAAGGGAUUCUUGCUGUCUCUCUCUGCUCUAAGCAUCACCUAACAAGCAAAGCGAACAAAGAAUGGGAAAUAAAGCUAUCCUUAGCCGGUCAGUGAGUGAAUUGUAAUCUGUCUCUGUGGAGUAAAGGUUGUGUCGGUCAAUGGUCGUUUCAAAUGAUGGACAUUAAAAAGAUUGUCAAAUCCAGUGGAGUCGUUAGUAAAGAGUUUGGAGUUUUUUUCACAACGUCACAGUAUUAACUGCAGAGAAAAGGACAGAGAGAGAGAGAAAGAGAAGAUCAAGCUCAUGCAGAUAGUUCUGAAACUUGCAAGUCCUAGAAGUCAGCUAAAAACCUAGCUGGACAUCCCUUUAGCUCUUUGAGCAGAAGCAAAAUAAGACAUUGUGAGCCUGCCAGCUUUGCACAACAUUGAAAGGGACUGAAUUUGUAGCACAGAGGGGUCUUUUUUAGUUCUGCAUAUAAUUAGUCCAAACACAAAGGAAGCAACUGAAUGGAGGUUGUCACUCUCUGGAAAAGGGUGGGUAAGACACUUUUUAAUUAAAUUCUUUCAUGAAGAAAGAUUUUUUUUCUUUGCUGCAGCAUCUAACAUGAACAAAAUCAACAUCCUUUUACCUGUGAAUGUCCGUGAACUUUAAUGCUGCACAGCUCCUGCAUGCUGUAAAGUGAAAUAUUUGUCUCUGUGUCUUUUUUUUUUUUUUUUUUUUGCCCAGAAAUAAAAUAUGAUGUAGAAUUUGAAAAGAUUUCAAUGGACAUUCUCAAGCAUAUUUGGAAACAUUCUUGCUAAUGGAUUUCCUUCUCAUUGGUCUCUGUUUAAACUGGUUGCUGUGGAAGCCCCCAGGGUUGAUAUUGUGUACACUGGGUGUCUUUUUAAAAAUGCUUCCAGCCGUGAAUAGUGGGUGUCCGCAGCUAUGUCGGUGUGAGGGCAGGCUUUUGUACUGUGAGUCACUGAAUCUUACAGAGAUGCCUCGCAACCUGUCGGGCAUGAUGGGCUUGUCUCUGCGGUACAACAGCCUUUCAGAGCUGCAUGAUGGACAGUUCACAGGGUUAAUGCAGCUCACGUGGCUCUAUUUGGAUCACAAUCACAUUUGCUCAGUGGAGGGGAAUGCCUUUCAAAAAUUGCGGAGAGUUAAAGAACUCACUCUGAGUUCCAACAAAAUCACUCAACUGCCCAAUACUACUUUCCGACCUAUGCCAAACUUGCGUAGUGUGGAUUUAUCAUACAAUAACCUGCAGUCGUUGGAACCAGAUCUGUUUCAUGGGCUGAGAAAACUAACAACUUUGCACAUGCGGUCAAACGCCAUCAAGUUUGUGCCAGUGAGAAUUUUUCAGGACUGUCGCAGCCUGAAGUUUCUAGACAUAGGAUACAAUCAGUUGAAAAGCCUGGCACGAAACUCUUUUGCAGGCUUGUUUAAACUCACUGAACUACACCUCGAGCACAAUGAUUUGGUGAAGGUGAAUUUAGCUCAUUUUCCAAGGCUUAUUUCACUGUAUUCUCUCUGCCUACGAAGGAAUAAAGUCACUAUUGUAGUCAAUUCCUUGGACUGGAUAUGGAAAUUGGAAAAAAUGGAUCUCUCUGGCAACGAGAUUGAAUACAUUGAACCUCAUGUUUUCGAAAGCGUACCUCACCUCCAAUCACUGCAGCUGGAUUCCAACCAACUAACCUACAUUGAUCCAAGAAUCCUCAACUCCUGGAAAUCACUCACUAGCAUCAGCCUUUCUGCAAACAUCUGGGAUUGCAGCCGUAAUGUUUGCGCCUUGGCCUCUUGGCUAAGUAACUUUAAGGGUCGCUAUGACAGCAAUCUGCUCUGUGCCACCCCUGAAUAUGCACAGGGGGAGGAUGUUUUAGAUGCAGUGUAUGCUUUUCACUUAUGCGAAGAUGCAGAAGACCCAACAAGUGUUAACAUGCUAUCAGCAGUAACAAACAACAGCGACCAAAUGUUCACUUAUAGCCCUGCCACAAUAAUAUAUGAGGUGCAGGAUACUGAAGGAGAAGGAACAACAAAUGCCAUAACCGUAACUAUCCCCAGUGAAAACACUGAGAAUGCUGUUCAGAUUCACAAGGUGGUGACAGGGACCAUGGCACUGAUUUUCUCUUUCCUCAUCGUGGUUUUAGUGUUGUAUGUCUCCUGGAAGUGUUUUCCAGCCAGCCUAAGGCAACUCAGACAGUGCUUUGUGACACAGCGCAGAAAGCAGAAGCAGAAACAAACCAUGCAUCAAAUGGCUGCCAUGUCAGCCCAGGAGUAUUACGUUGAUUACAAACCCAACCACAUUGAAGGAGCCCUGGUGAUCAUUAAUGAAUAUGGAUCUUGUUCCUGUCACCAGCAGCCAGCAAGGGAAUGUGAGGUGUGAUUUUCUUUGGGAAUUUAAACAGUGUGCAACCAAAUAACAAUGGGCAGACAGUUGGAUGGGGGUUUACUGUGCUUUUCUGAUGAUUUUUGAUGCACUUCUUUGCUGAAAUUGUAAGAGGAUCUGUCUAAAAGACUUGAUAUGUUAGCUUUAUUGUGUCUUAAAAUCUUCAGGACAGUCAGUCCUAACAUUUCAUAUGAUAAUAUUCCCUUUGAAGAUCUGACAAUAUUCAGGAAUCUGAGAGUGUAAAAAGAUACCAAUUAUUGACUGAUUUUUUUUUGUAAACUACAAAAAUGUUUAAAAUAAAAAAAAAUAGCAUUUACAGUUUUUGCAGACUGGUGUAUACUACAUGAAUUGUUACCUGUAUGCAAAAUACAACAGUUUAACCUCUUUUCUCUUCACGUACAAGUGUUGAAAUGAAAAUCUAGCAGCAAGGAAGACACAUAAAAUUGAAAGAUUGAAAUUUAGCAGAUGGCUUCACAGUGUAAUUAUUACACACCCACAUACACCAUGUUACUGAAAAAAAAAAAGCAUGGCAUAGCAAAUAUAUUGUUGUUAAUGUGCUACCUGUAACAGUAUAUCACUAAAAGAAGGAGCUGAGUCAUCUUGGAAAAGCUAAAGUUCUAACCUGCCCCUAGGAAAUAUUUCUGAAGAUUUUUCAAGAUAGUUGACUUCUAAGUUGUACUAAGAGCCACAAAGAUGCAGCAUAUCCCAUCAGUAUAUUCUGUAUCUGAAUUAAUCACAUUGCAAAGUCUGAUUAAAAAAAGAACACCUUAUUUUAAAGGGCUUAUUUAAAAUCUACUAGCAUUCCCCCCUUUCAUGCUCUUCUGCCCUAUGCUAAAAGCAGAGAAACCAUUGCUCUGUGGAGUGUAGAGUAAUGAUCAAAGGACUAAGGAGGCAGCAAUCCAAUUUUCAGUAAUGAAAGAUCGGUGCGUUUCAAAAGCAGAACCUUGGGUGUAACACUGCAGGUCCAUUAGGCAUAGAGUGAUUAGAGCAUACUUAUGGUUACUAUAGUUAACCACUAUAAAAUCCUGUCUUGGGAAUGCCUGGCUUGCCAGUCACUUUAAUCACAAGACAUCCUUAACAGCCCACCCUUCUAAAAAUAUCUGCAGAGGCAGAAAGUAUAUGAUCCUACCUUACUAAGUAUUGACACAGGGAUUGUAUCAACAGUGCUUUCUUAAUACAGAGCCAUGCAGCUGUUUCAUUUUAUUGCCCUUCUUUAAAUGCUUGCUUUUCCUGUAUUUUGGAUUUUUUCUCUCCAAUAUGUGACCAACUUACUGAUUGCUCUUCUGAACCACUCCACACGUCAAUGAAAACGAGGGUGUUGCAUUUUUAUAUCAUCAGGCAAUGCAUCUUUGAAACCUUCUUCAUACAGCAUACCAUUCUAAUAAAA